AUGGAGCUCUACUUGGAGCUUUUGGAUAGUACCUCCAGGGAGGCUUUGAGCCAAGCCUGUGCUCAGGCAGAAACAUCUGAAGCAAUACAGCCCGAUGACACCCCUUCUGUGACAGAAGCGGCCAUUGACUUAAAAGAUUUGGAUACAAGUACCGUUCCCAUUAACACUCACAAGCCUUCUAAUAUGGGUGUUUCUAACCUUGUAUCAUCGUAUAGUAUUGCAAAGAGCCCAGCAGCAUCGGCUCCUCCUUCCCUUUCUAGUGUCUCUCAUAUCUCCUCGGAAUCUACCGCAUCCCAUGUUUCGGCAACAUCCAAAACAGUCAUGGAAGCAUGGCUUUUCAGUAACACAGCGAUAGCGGCCAGCGAGGCGGAUACUGCUGAUGUAGAUGAUCUCCUACUCACGCACACGAGCCAAGGAGAUGACAGCUUGACUAGGUUAUUCCCCACGCCACCUGUGGGUGAGCGUCAGCAAACAGCAUCUGUAAGCGACAGAAAGGUGUCUAGAUGCUACUCGUUGAUGCAGCAAUGGGAAAUCAUAAUCACCAACUGGAAGGCACACAAUAAAACGCUCCAACCUAACGAUUACAGGGCCAUUAAGGAGCUCGGCAGAGAAGGCAUACCCGACUGUUAUCGGCAAGAUGUCUGGCCUCGGCUUUUGAACGCACAAAAUCUUUACCAACAAAACGAGAAAUAUACAGAUCGCUCCACAUUUGGUGCGUACCUACAGCGAGAGAUAUGUAGUGAGGUAGUCACGCAGAUAGGCAAAGAUAUAGAUAGAACACUCCCCAAACAUGUAUACUUCAGGUCUCUCGAGGGGCGGCAGGCCCUGUUUCUCGUCCUCAAAGCAUUUGCCUCCCAUGACGAGGACAUAACGUACUGCCAAGGCAUGAAUUGCCCGGCAGCAAUUCUACUAAUUUACAUAAGAGAUAUACCGCUCGCGUUUUGGUGCUUCUACCGAUUCAUCAAGAGGUUUGGGAACAUGUACCUUCCAAGCUUGUACGGACUUAAGCUCCGAGCACUCACCCUCAUGCACCUUCUUCGAGAAAUAGAACCAAAGAUAGCAAGCUACUUACAGGAGGUAGGUAUAGAUUUGCUCUGCAUCACUCCUGGAUGGUUUAUGACAGUGUUUAGUAACUGUUUGAAGUUUUCAGUUUCUCUACGCAUCUUUGAUUCUUUGUUGUGUGAGGGUGAGAAAGCUAUCUUUAGAGCAGCUGUGGCCAUCUUCAAAACAGCCGCCUCUGGGAGGAUGUUACCCCGUCCUCCGAACCAUCUGCAUAACGAAUUUUUAGCAACGUAUGGCAUGAAAUGGCCAUAUCCAUUAGACAGCCAAGCAUAUGCGCGGUAUUUCGAUGGCUGGAUAGCCAACAUCAGCAAACCCGGAGAGGUCUCGCUUCUCUGCAUGCCGCUGACAUAUGCCCAGCUGUAUCUCAACAGACUGCCCAGAUAUAUGCCCGAUGGACAAAAGUUCAUGGAGCAGUGCCUUGCGGUGAAGUUCAAGACAAGGCUUCUUAACGAGUGCAGAGCAAGAGCUGCUGCUGAAUUAGCGACCUCCGAACAAAUGUGA